AUGGUAAACGGACCACGAAAGCAUUUAAAGAGACUAAAUGCUCCAAACUCAUGGAUACUUGAUAAAUUAGGAGGUACAUUUGCCCCUAGGCCAAGAUGUGGACCACACAAGCUAAGAGAGUGCCUUCCAUUGUGCUUAAUAGUCAGAAGAAAGCUUAGCUUUGCACAGAACACAAAAGAAGUUCUGCACAUUCUGAAUGACAGACUUGUCAAGGUAGAUGGAAAGAUCAGAAAGGACCCAAAGUACCCAGCAGGAAUCAUGGAUGUCAUAAGUUUUGACAAGAUACACGAAAACUACAGACUUCUUUACAACGUAAACCAGAAAUUCUGCCUGCAGCCAAUCACUAAGGAGGAGGCAAAGUUCAAAAUCUGCAAAGUACUUGCAAAGAGACUAGAAGGACGCAGUAUACUUACUCUCCACACAAAUGAUGGAAGAACUAUUAAGUACGCAGACCCAAGUAUCAACAUUGGAGACAGUAUAAAGUUCAACCUAGAGACUGGAGAAGUAAUGGAGUCUUUCCCUCUUAAAGUAGGAAACACAGCAUACGCAUUCCGUGGAAAGAACCUUGGGUGCGUUGGAAUCAUCAGAGAAGUAAAAGUGCACAUCAGUGGGUUUACCAUCUCCAUACUUGAAGACCUUAACGGAAGAAUGUACACAACACGUACAGAUAACCUAAUGGCAAUUGGAACAGCAGGUGAGUCUCUGAUCACCCUCCCUAAGGAGAGAGGAAUCAGAACAAAUGCCCUCAUGGAAAGUAACAUGGCAUACGGUGAGUUCAAGGAAGAAGGUGACUUUGAUGAAGAAGAAGCACUUUCAGCAGAGGAGAGUGAUGAGGAGUAA